GAAACUUCCGCUACAUAGUAAACUUCCGAUUGUAAAUUUUCCCGCCAGGGUGAGCUAGGAGCAAGACAGAAAUCGUCUGCUAGAUUUUGCAAUGCUCUGUCACCGUUUUAGAACAUUGGACUGUGGGUGAGGUGAGCGAAAAUUAUACUGGAAGUAGAGUCUCCUGAUAUCAGAAUUCCUUUAUACCAUGGCUUGCACUGCAACUCUCAACAGAUCUGUACAAAAGACAACAUCCUGGCUUGCAUUUCCUACAGAACAAGCGACUGAGACCCAAUCGGCAACAUUUGUGAAAAAACUUUUGGCAGUAGCCAUCUCAAAUGUAGCAUACUUAAGAGCUAUUUUUCCCGAGCAUGCUUUUGGAGAUAAAUGUCUGGAAGAUUUGAAUCUAAAAAUACUGAGGGAGGAUACUGCCUGUCCAGGAGCAAGUCAGGUUAUCAAGUGGAUGCGAGGUUGUUUUGAUGCUUUUGACAAGAAAUAUCUGAAAACAUUGAUAAUUGGGAUUUAUGUGGAUCCUGAAAACCCAGAUACCAUUAUAGAAUCAUACACUUUUAAAUUUGAUUAUACAAACAAUGGUGGAAUGGACAUAUACAGAAAUGGUGAUAAGCUAGCAAGUGCUUAUAGUCCAUCAGAAACUAAGAAAGCAACCAUCAAACUUUUGAGAACUAUUGUCAUUCUCACACAGACAUUAAACUCUCUGCCUGAUGAUGUGAUGAUGACUAUGAAAUUACUCUAUUAUGAUGAUGUGACACCAGCUGACUAUGAGCCUCCAGGAUUCCAGCCAGUAGAUACUGACUAUUUUAUGUUUGACGAAGAGCCAAUAAAUAUUAAAGUGGGAGAUGUUCAUACUCCAUUUCAUGCAUUGAAGCUCAGAAUUAAGACAGAUGGAAAACAGUUUGAAGAACAAGAAACUGUUGGAGCAGACAGUCAAAAUAUAGAAGAUGAGGCAAUGAUGACAGAAAAAAGCAUCUAUGAGAAAGAGCUGUACCAAGCUGACCAAAAGACAAUCCAAAACCACACAGAAGCCAGUUCCAGUACAUUGAAUACCUCAAGUAAAUUGAUCAAACAGCCCAUGCAAUGUGAAGAUGUCCCUGUAGAGACUCCAGCUCGUCCAGGCACAGAAGAUAGAGCAAUCAGUACUACUGGCUCAGCAAGAAGUAACAUAGAUGCUCAAGAAGAGAAUGGAGUGAGGUGUCCGUGUGGAUGCAACGAGGAUGAUGGCUUGAUGAUCUUAUGUGCCUCCUGCAGGUACUGGCAACAUGCAGUAUGUUUUGGAAUUAUUGAUGAGAAUGAAGCUCCACAAAAUCAUAUUUGCAAUUUUUGUGCAAACGAAGAAGAUCCAGAAAGACAACCUACUGACCCAAGACUUGUUGGACUUGAUGAAAUUGCUGUCCAGGCAACAUCUUUAUGGAGAAGAGCACUUUUGACCUGCAGUGAGUUGUCUAGAAUUGUGCUUCCCAACUUUGCCAGAUCUUUGGGUGUAGAGAUGACUGUGGCACAAGGCCUAGUCAAUAGACUGGAAAGAGAAAAGUUCUUAAAAGCACCAAGCAAAGGCAAAAGAUUGGGAAAAAUUGUAGAAAAGGAGAAGAUAAAAAAUGAGGGCUUUAAAAAA